UGUGUUAAACAUGGAUUCAUGAAGAAAAAAAAUGGGGUAAAUUGCUAGUGACAGAUUCCCUUUAAGCGCGUCAUAAUCGUGCGAACUACGGGAGCCUUUCAGCGGAUCUUCCCGGGUCUCCCGCCUCCUCACUCUCCCUGCAGUACCAGCUGCCGCCUCUAGGGCGCCGCCGCCUGACUCCCACAUUCUACUGUGGUGGAGAUAAUCUGCCACAUCCAGCAGGCAGCCCCUGACUCAAUUGUUCUAUGCUGGAAAUCUGAGGUAAAAAGCGCAUCCACCGGGGCCGGAUUAUUAGCGGUAUCCCCAGGAACUCUUCUGUAGCUGCUGCAGACGGCUGGUCGAGGUCGUCGUCCUUGCCAAGAUCCGAGUGAAGUGGCCCUGCAUAUGAACAGAGGUUUGUCUUGCUGUCUUCAGAGUAGAGACCAUCAGAAAAAGUAUGCCUGCUUGUUGUUUGCAGUUUAUAAGCCUAAUUUAGUUUCUGAUACAAGUUUUCAGACUGCUCAUAAGCAGAAGUGCCUAUACAAAGAUCAAGAAGGAUUGCUUAUGAAUAGGAUAUAUCCAUGCCUUGAUAGCAAGGAGGCUACUAUAACCUCUUGACAGGAAACAAUGUGCCAUGCUCACAAUUUUCCUUCUUCAUUUGAACAUCUGUAAAGUAUAAACAUUUUCCAAAAACACUUAGCAAAAAUGACAAGUCUGUUCCGGAGGAGCAACAGCAAUGGGAGCUCAAGAGGAAGCUCUUCUACUCAGGAACUUAACAACAGCCGUCCUGUGCGCAGAUUGGAGUUUAACCAGGCCAUGGAGGAUUUCAAGACAAUGUUUCCUAACAUGGAAUAUGAUAUCAUUGAGUGUGUAUUGAGGGCUAACAAUGGUGCAGUGGACGCCACUAUUGACCAACUACUACAGAUGAACUUGCACGAUGGUACAUUUGAUGACAGUUCAGACUCGGAUGACAGUAUUCCUCAAGAGAUUCUGGAAAGGACUCUGGAACCAGACAGUUCUGAUGAGGAACCUCCUCCUGUGUAUUCUCCACCUACCUAUGAUGUGCGUUUGUCUGAUAGACCUCAUCCACAAACCCCACCGACUCCUCCUCCUAGGACUGACGUGUUGCCAGUCUACGGUUCUCAGGUACCAAAAGUGUGCAGGAACUGGAACCCCCCUCUACUAGGAAGCUUGCCUGAUGAUUUUCUUCGCAUAUUACCCCAACAGAUGGAGAGUGUUCAGAGCUGCCAACGUGGACCUUCUUCAAAACUUGAGGAAGACUCCAAAAAAGAGCAUGGCUCCAUGGACCAGGAGCGUCAGCUGAAGCAGUAUUUGCAAGAUGAGAGGGUUGCACUUUUCUUACAGAAUGAAGAGUUCAUGAGAGAACUUCAGAGAAAUAGGGAAUUUCUCCUUGCACUUGAAAGAGAUCGUUUGAAAUAUGAGUCAAAGAAAUCUAAGUCUAGCAGUAUGCUGGGGAAUAAUGAUUUCAGUUUUUGCCCUUCAAUAACAACAGAUGAAUCCCAUACAGUUUCUGGUGGCUGUGAUUCUAGCAGUGCUAUAUCUGAAGAUGCCUUAUUUAGGGAUAAAUUAAAACACAUGGGCAAAUCAACCAGAAAGAAGUUGUUGGAGAUUGCCAGAGCAUUUUCAGAGAAAACAAAAAUGAGAAAAUCUCGGAGAAAACAUUUGCUCAAACACCAAGUACUUGGAACAGCAGCCUCUACGGCCAAUCUUUUGGAUGAUGUUGAAGGACAUUCAUGUGAUGAAGAUGUCCAGGCAAGGUUAAACCAACUGAACAAUGAAGGACGGGAAACCCACAAAGAAGGACCAUGAAAAUCUUAAGACUGGUCAAAAAUUCUGCAUGGACCCGGUUGGCUGAAGAUGACUAUGAAAAAUGAAGUGAUUGGCUAUCUGUUGCAGUGCAGUCCAUUCCAUGUAGAAGAUUGAAUAUAUAUGGCACAAUUUUUAAUCACAUAUUUUACUAUUUGAUGACCGCAUUGAAAUCUCAGAGCGUUACUUAGUAACUUUACAGCUUUAAUAUUAGUUGUGUGUUUUAAAAUGGUACUGAUUACGUAGAACUUAUAUUUUACAUUUUCCUCAAAAGGAAUAACAUAUCCUGUUACUGAAUAUUUAGUUUAACAGCACAAACAUGUAUUUGAUAUCCAUAUAUGCUUACACAUUUUCAUUUUAAUAUUGUGUGCACAAUAAAAAUGACCUAAAAUGCCAUUUGUAAGUAAUCUGCAUCACUUUACGUGCAUUGGAUGAUUGAAGGGUGAU